GAUGUUAGAGCUUUUGUGAUUUGCCAUCCCAGCUUGAUAGACACCGCUGCACUGCCCACACUAGAGAACAGAGCAGCCAAUAACAGGAUGCAUUAUAAACCAGAUCCAAACCAAUGGGAGUGCAGCUUGCUUUGUUUCCCUCCCUGCCUGCAUGGUCUCUGUUUAGCGCGCACAUGUGACCUCGGAAGGCGCUUUACUGCUAUUUAAACAUCAUCAUUUGGGUGCUGAAGCGGAUACAGAUAAACACAACCCAAAAAAUGGCUCCGCGUAAUGGACGCUUUGGAGUAUUUUCACAGUGAAGAUCUCCAUUUCCCCCAUGCAGCAUCAUCAUUUCAGCAUCAUCUGAGAACAUUAUAAAGGACUUGAAGGAGAAAGGUAUAUUCUCUCUCUCUCUCUCUCUACGAAGCGGAAUGUUGUGACACCUGUGGCUGAAUCUGGAUCUCAAUCUCCCUAAAAAAAAAGGCAGGUCGGAUUGCUUCACAUCCAUCCAUUCAGCAUCCAUCCAUCCGCCCUGCAGGAGAGGAGAGGAGAGGAGAGGUCUGAUCUCGAGUGCUGUGAAAGCGCAAAGGUAGACCUAAAGCCAUUUAACGGACGCAUUAAUAUCUAAGCCGCUCUCUGUGGCUGCUUGCAGACAGGAAGGAGCAUGGAUAGAGAGGAAUUUGCUCUGCUGAGGGGAUUUGUAGAGCUGCUGGUGGGUGUUGUAUGCUCCUGUUGAAACUCAACUAAAGGACAGUGGAUGAAGCGCAGCUCGCCAUUUCUCUCCAAGCUUUUCAUAUUUUUGGUGUGUCAGAGCUAUUUGCUCUGACUGGUGCUCUGAGGGGAUUUGUAGAUCUGCUCCUGUUGAAACUAAACUAGUGGAUGAAGCUUCAUCACUAACAACAGCUUUGCCAUUUCUCCUCCAAAGCUUCUUUUGUUUGCAUAUUUUUGGUGGGGUUUUUUUUUAUCAAUCAUUCUCCUGUUGAAACUAAACUAAAGGACAGUGGAUGAAGCGUCGUCACUAACACAGCUUUGCCAUUUCUCUCCAAGCUUUUCAUAUUUUUUAGUGUUUUUUUAAUUUAUUUAGAUUUAUCAAUCAUGGGUAAAGAUGAGUGCAAAACAAUGCUGGACGCUUUGAACAAAGUGACCGCCUGCUAUAGGCAUCUGGUCAUCGCAUUGGGCAGCACCUCGGACUCGCAGAACCUGCGCGAGGAGCUGAAGAGGACGCGCAAAAAGGCGCAGGAGCUCGCGGUGGCCAACAGGACUAAACUGACCUCUCUGCUCAAAGACAAGAGCACCAGCAAGGAGGACCGAGCCGAGUACGAGCGCCUCUGGGUGCUGUUCUCCAGCAGCAUGGAGCUCCUGGAGGUGGACAUGAAGAGGUCUCUGGAGAUAGGGCAGGAUUUCCCCUUGAAAGUGCCCACGAGACACCUCAUCCAGACAGGUAUGACAGGUAGCACCACCACCGUGGCCGCGCGCGCCAUGAGCGUGCAGAACAUGAAGUACGAGGCGGACAGCAACAUCGACACGCAGGACCUCCGAGACCUGCAGACCGAGAUCUGCCAGAUGAGCCACAUGAUGGAGGAGAUGGAGAUGAAGGUGCAGGUGGCGCCGUGGGCCGUGGAGGCGAAGCAGGAGGCCGGAGCGGAGCUGAAGAGCAACAUGAGCGUGGGGAACUCCUCCGUGGGUGUGAUCUCCAUCUGCGAAGAGGAGCCCAAGGAGGAGGAUGGAGGAGGAGGAAACAGGGAUGCUGGCUUUGCCUCCAUCUGCGCCGUGCUCGUGUUCUUUGUCAUCGUCACGGUGGCUUUGGUUCUUGGAUAUCUGGUCAUCAACAUGUCAUGAAAUGUCACCAACAACCUGCAGCCCAACCUGAUGAUGGACACCCAUGUGCGGCUCCCCACGAGCGCGUCAUAAUAAGAGCCAGCAGCUCCACAAGACAGAGAGAAAGAGCUCUUUUGAUUAUUGAAGGGGACAUGGGAAGUUAUUUUCUCGCAUUUGUUUGAAUGUAUUUGGUGGAGUUGAGGGAGUUGCACUAGAUAACAAAAAAAAAGUAGAACAAUAUAGAAUGGAUGGCAAGAAUUUGAGGUUAACCUUCCUGUUGUCGCGUCACACCGGUGGUCAUAAUAAGAGCCAGCAGCAGCUCCACAAGACAGAGAGAAAGAGCUAUUUUUUAUUAUUAUUGAAGGGGACAUGAGAAGUUAUUUUUUCUCGCAUUUGUUUGAAUGUAAUCUGGUGGAGUUGAGGGAGUUGCACUAGAUUUAAAAAAAAAGAAAAAAAGUAGAACAAUAUAGAAUGGAUUGCACAAUUUAAGUGAGGUUAAGUAUUUUGAGAGGCCAAGGGGUGGUGUAUUUUUGGAAGAGAGGGAGGGGAAAAAAAUUACAGCUCCAUAACACAGAGAAAGAAAGAGCUCUUUUUUAUUGUUAUUAUUGAGAAGACAGAGAAGUUAUUUUUUCUCGCAUCUGUGUGAAUGUAUUCGGUGGAGUUGAGGGAGUUGCACUAGAUUUAAAAAAAAAAAAAAAAAGUAGAACAAUAUAGAAUGGAUGGCACACAUUUGAUGUUGACCCUCCUGUUGUCUUCGGGUCAACCCGUUUUCAAACUUCAUUAUAUCAUAAAUAUGGAUGUCUUUUACCUAAUUGCCCCAAAAUUACAUGGAUGGUUCCCUUAUAUGGUCUUUGCAAAAAAAUAAAAUAAUGACCACUACUUUCGUUGCAUUAUGGGUAUUUUAUCCAAAAUUAUAGCACCUGUGGUGCAAUGUGUCACACUUUCAUUAAA